AAUAAUUUCUAAGUCGACCUUGGAAUCUUAAACUCCACCCCAUUCAUCAUCUCAACUUAAAUCUUUACAACAUAUUUUUAUUCGCAUAUCCAUGAAGAACAGCUCAAUACCUCUGAAAUCACGUUAAUCAAGGAAUUUUAUAUCUGGAUUGAUUGAUUGAUUUCUGCUAUCUGAUGAGAUCUACGUGAGACGAACACAGCACGGACUUUUCGUCCGUCUGUCUACCCACAAUGUCCCUCCUAACACAAGCCGUUGACAUCCCAGCUUUCGCGCGAACGCAACUCGCACUCUUAGACGCAGAGCUGCAAAGCGAGAUACAGGAAACUAGCGGACUCGUCUCCGCCACCAGCCCCGUCUCCUUGCAGCGCGCGGGCCUUGCCCUCAUCAACUUAGUCGUAGCCUCGCAACGCACCGGUUUUGGCGGGUGGACUGUGCUAGAACUCGGUCCCGACAGUGCGACCGGUGGUGAAUUACCAGAACAUGGCUUGCGGACGGGGGAUAUCGUGCUCGUCUCCGAGCAACCUGCUGGAAGUGCGAAGAAGCGCGAGGUUAAGGACUUGGAGCGCAAGGGUGCUAAGGGGGUUGUGAUUAAGGUGAAGAGGGAAACGGUUGCGGUAGCUGUUGAUGAGGAUAAGGAGGAUGCGGCGUCGUUUGGGGGGAGGGUUUGGAUGGUUAAACUUGCGGAUGAUGUUACGUAUCGCAGGAUGAACCAGACGAUGGAGAAGAUGCGUGAUAUGCAGGAGGCCGAGUACUCGGGUUUUAUGCGUGUGCUUUUUGGUCUUACGACGCCGUCGCCGGUAUCGAAGGAUUUGAGGAGGGAUGAGGUGUUUGGUGAGGGGAAGAUUGAGUGGUUCGAUCCGUUGCUUAAUGAGUCCCAGAAGGAUGCUAUUAGGUUUGCGUUGGCGUCGAAGGAGAUUGCGCUUAUUCAUGGGCCGCCUGGGACAGGCAAGACACAUACACUCAUUGAGUUGAUCUUACAAUUCGUCAAGCGCGACCAACGGGUGCUGGUCUGUGGCCCAUCCAAUAUCUCCGUCGACAAUAUCGUCGAACGUUUAGCACCUCAUCGAGUGCCUAUCCUGCGUCUCGGGCAUCCAGCUCGCCUUCUCCCCUCGGUUCUAGGUCACUCACUCGACGUGCUCACGCAAACCUCGGAGGCUGGGCUUAUUGUCAAGGACGUGCGCAACGAGAUGGACGUUAAGCAAGCCUCAAUCCGGAAGACACGAAGUGGGAAGGAGCGUAAAGCUAUCUACGCUGAUAUGAAGGAACUACGGAAAGAGUAUCGUCAACGAGAGAGAGCGUGUGUGGAUACCCUGGUGCGUGGGAGUAAAGUCGUACUUGCGACACUUCAUGGUGCUGGGGGAGCGCAGUUAAAGAAUGAAAAAUUUGACGUCAUCGUCGUUGACGAGGCGGGUCAGGCGCUCGAGGCUCAGUGCUGGGUUCCGCUUCUUGCAGCAAAUAAAGCUGUGUGUGCGGGUGAUCACUUACAGUUGCCGCCGACGGUGAAGUCAGUAAACUCAAAAGGGAACAAGGCGAAAGAAGUAGGAGGUGGAGAUUUGAUAAAGGGGAUGAGUCUCGAAAGGACUCUGUUCGACAGAUUACUGACGCUCCACGGCCCGGGUAUUAAGAGGAUGCUGACGACACAGUAUCGCAUGCACGAGAACAUCAUGAGGUUCCCCUCAGAUGAGUUAUAUGAGGGGCGGCUUGUGGCUGCUGAGGCCGUGGCGGGAAGAUUACUCCGGGACUUACCGUACGAGGUUAAAGACACGGAAGAUACAAACGAGCCGGUGAUUUUUAUUGAUACACGGGGCGAAUGUCCGGAGACUAAUGAGGAUGAGGACGAUAAGGAGAAGAAGGAUAAUAAGAAAAAGGGGUCGAUCAGGUCCCUAUUCGGUGAAAGCAAGAGUAAUCCGAUAGAGGCCAAUCUGGUGAAGCAGCACGUGGGGAAGUUGGUUGCAGCUGGUGUUAAGGCGGAGGAUAUUGCGGUUGUUACACCUUAUAAUGCACAGCUCGGCUUCUUAGCUGGUUUGAAAGACACUUUCCCUGGGAUUGAGCUCGGGUCCGUAGAUGGGUUUCAGGGCCGAGAAAAGGAAGCCGUGAUCCUUAGUCUUGUACGGAGCAACACGGAGGGGGAGGUUGGUUUCCUAAGUGAGAAGCGUCGUUUAAAUGUUGCGAUGACAAGGCCCAAACGCUCACUAGUUGUCAUCGGCGACGCAGAGACCGUUCGAAGAGGAAGUAAGUUCUUGAAUAACUGGAUGAACUGGCUUGAAAACAAUGCCGAUCUUCGUUACGUCGAUUUUGACUCGCUACUGGCGUUAUAAUAUGAGAUGUGACGAACGAGUGCGCGACCCACUAAUUGGGGGCGGGCGAACAGACACC